ACCGUUGUGGCUUCCUCUGUUUCCAGAGGGUUUCUUAUCUAAGAACAGAAACAAGAAUCGGAAAAUCUGGGAAAACAAACACAUUCUUUAGAAAAGUGAUUGGAGAUUUGAGAUCGAAGACGGGAGGAAGAUGAAGCUAGACGACGAAUUCGGACACGACAGGGAUCAUUCGUUUCUUACAGAUGACGAGGAAAACCAGGCCGAGCUCGCUUGUUCCGACGACGACGACGGUCACUGCGAAAACUCCGAUUCCACUUCGCCGGUUUCGCGAAACCAAUCCGAUAACAAUCCCGCUCCUUGGCCUCAGAGCUAUCGACAAUCUAUGGAUCUGCUCACCGGAAUGACGCCACCUGCGGUGAGUUUCCUGCCUCAAAGCAGUUCGAUCUCGUCUUUCCUCAAGAGGCGUCAAAGUUCGACUCUCGGGUCAUUUUCUUCUUCCGCAAGCAAACCCCUUCUUUCUCAAUCACCCUCCAUUAAAGACGAGGUUCCAACGUCUGCAGUAUUACAAGACAAACCACCAUUUCCAUAUUCUCAGCUCAAACUCUCUGUCACCGAUCUUCCAUUACCAGCAGCGAACCUCUGCUCAUUCUCUCAAUCCGUUCUCAAUGGAAUCAAUGUUCUGUGUGGAGUUGGUUUACUGACAAUGCCUUACGCUGUCAAAGAAGGCGGGUGGCUGGGAAUGUUCAUACUCUUGUUCUUCGGUAUCAUCACUUGUUACACCGGAAUUCUCCUGAAAAGAUGUCUGGAAAGUUCUCCCGGCCUCCACACUUACCCCGACAUCGGCCAGGCCGCCUUUGGCAUCGCCGGCCGCUUCAUCAUCUCGACACUUCUGUACGUGGAGCUCUAUGCAGCUUGUGUGGAAUACAUUAUCAUGAUGAGCGAUAACUUGUCAGGCCUUUUCCCGGACACUUCUUUCACCAUCCUCGGAGUAUUUCUUGAUUCUAAGCAGAUCUUUGCUGUCUUAACCACUCUGAUUGUCCUUCCGACAGUGUGGCUUAGAGACCUUAGCUUACUGUCAUACCUCUCAGUUGGAGGAGUGUUAUCUUCCAUUUUGCUUGCUCUCUGCCUCGUUUGGGUCGGAGUGGUGGAUGGAGUCGGGUUUCACACGGGCGGAGAGGCUCUGAAUCUCGGUAACUUACCCGUCGCUAUCGGAAUUUUCGGGUUCGGGUUUUCCGGUCACUCUGUGCUUCCCAACAUCUACUCUUCCAUGAGAGAGACUUCAAAGUUUCCCCUUGUGCUUGUCACCAGCUUCACUUUCUGCACGUUCUUGUACAUAGCAGUGGCGAUCUGCGGAUAUUCAAUGUUUGGAGAGGCGAUUCAAUCUCAGUUCACAUUGAACAUGCCUAGCCAGUUUGUGUCAUCUAAACUCGCAGUUUGGACAGCGGUUAUAACACCGAUGACGAAAUACGCGUUGACGAUAACUCCGAUAGUGCUGAGCUUAGAAGAGCUCAUGCCAUUGGCCAGGAUGAGAUCCGACGGCGUCUCUAUGCUCUUCAGAACAACCUUAGUCGUCUCCACUUUAGUUGUCGCUCUUACCGUUCCUUUCUUUGCCAUCGUCGCCGCUUUGGUCGGAUCAUUUCUCGCAAUGCUUGUAGCAAUUAUCUUCCCUUGCCUCUGUUAUCUCAGUAUCCUCAAGCAUAGAUUGAGUAACGCGCAAAUCGGGAUAUGCAUUUCCAUCAUAGUAUUCGGUUUGGUGAGUGGCUGUUGCGGCACGUACUCGGCUCUUGCGAGAUUAGCCGGGAAAAUGAACUGAAUCUUCAACAUGGAGAUUUUCUUGCCCGAGAAAAUUGCUGGGAAAAUUUUUCUCAUUUGUAAUUUGUAAAGUAAAUUCCACCCAUUUGUAUGUCUUCUUAUCUCAGAGCAAACACACACUACGAGAACUUUGCAAAGGAAAACGCCUACAGAGUUUAAGUAAGACUCCGCCUUGUCCGAAAUCCGAAAUCAUCGAAGUACUGGAUUAGAAUC